AUGUCUAGCGAGAAGAAGAUCAAGAGGGCGCUGGUGGAGCAGCUGCUGGAAGCAAAGUCCCGGUCGGGCAAGACGCUCACGAUGAUCGCAGCCGAGACUGGGCUCACGAAUGCGUAUGUGGGGCAGCUCUUCCACCGCCAGGCUCAGCUUCACCCGGAACAAGUGAGUCCCCUCCGGAAUGCCGUGCCAGGGCUCUCGGAUGAGCUCCUCGAGAAGAUGCGAGCCCCCCCACUUCGCUCCUACGAACCGACCCUCAUCCAGGAUCCCACUGUUUAUCGAAUGUCCGCAGUUGGUUUCUUCUGCGAGGUGAACAAAAUCCGAGGCAAAGAGGGUGAAGACCGGGUGCAAAUCACGCUCAAUGGGAAGUUCCUGCCUCAUAUCGUUCAGAUUGUUACGUAA